AUGGCGUCGCCCGAGAUCCCCAAGGAGCAAUGGGCCCAGGUGUUGGAAAAGACGGGCGGCCCCGUCGAAUACAAGAAGAUCCCCGUCCCCAAGCCCGGCCCUGAUGAGGUCCUCAUCAACGUCAAGUAUUCGGGCGUCUGCCACACCGACCUGCACGCCUUGCUCGGCGACUGGCCCAUCCCCACAAAGCUGCCCCUGGUCGGCGGCCACGAGGGGGCCGGCGUCGUCGUGGCCCGCGGCGACCUCGUCAAAGACGUCGACAUUGGCGACCACGCCGGCAUCAAGUGGCUCAACGGCAGCUGUCUCAACUGUUCCUUCUGUCACCAGGCCGACGAGCCGCUCUGCCGCAAGGCCCUCUUAUCUGGCUACACCGUCGACGGCUCCUUCCAGCAGUAUGCCAUCGCAAAGGCCGCCCACGUUGCUCGCAUCCCCAAGGAGUGCGACCUCGAGGCCGUCGCCCCCAUCCUGUGCGCCGGCAUCACCGUGUACAAGGGCCUCAAAGAGUCCGGCGCCCGCCCCGGCCAGACCGUCGCCAUUGUCGGUGCCGGCGGAGGCCUGGGCAGUCUGGCGAUCCAGUACGCCAAAGCAAUGGGCCUCGAUGUCAUCGCCGUCGAUGGCGGCGACGAGAAGAAGAGCCACUGCCUCAAGCUCGGCGCAAACACCUUUAUCGACUUCCAGACCACCGUCGACAUCAACGCCGACGUCAAGGCCGCCAGCCCGGACGGCCUGGGCCCUCAAGCCGUGCUCCUCGUGGCCGCCCAGGAGACGCCUUUCCAGCAGGCCACCCAGUACGUGCGCCCGCACGGCACCAUUGUCUGCAUGGGCAUGCCCGCCCAUGCCAAGAUCAGCGCGCCAGUCUUCGAGACCGUCGUGCGCAUGAUCUCCAUCAAGGGAAGUUAUGUUGGCAACCGCGCCGACACCGCUGAGGCGCUCGAGUUCUUCCGUAAAGGUGUCAUCAAAGCCCCUUACAAGACGGUUGGCCUGAGUAAGCUCCAAGAUGUCUACCAUAUGAUGCAAGACGGCAAGAUUGCCGGACGUUACGUCGUUGAUACCAGCAAGUGA